AUGGCGCAGGUGAAUGGGGUCCCUCGUCCUGGGGCCGCCCUGGGCCAGCCCUGCAUCUUCAAGUCGGUUCUCCUGGGCAGCGGCUCUGUGGGCAAGUCCAGCUUGGCUCUCCGGUAUGUGAAGAACGACUUCAAGAGUAUCCUGCCCACUGUGGGAUGUGUGUUCUUCACCAAGGUGGUGGACUUGGGGGCUGUGUCUCUGAAGUUUGAGAUCUGGGAUACGGCUGGUCAGGAGAAGUACCACAGCGUCUGCCGCCUCUACUUCAGGGGCGCCAACGCUGCGCUUUUGGUGUAUGAUGUCACCAGGAAGGAUUCCUUCUGCAAAGUGCAGCAGUGGCUGAAGGACCUGGAGGAGAAGUUCCACUCUGGAGAAGUCGUGGUGAUGCUGGUUGGCAACAAGACAGACCUGGAAGAGGAGCGGGAGGUGACCUUGGAGGUUGGCCUGGAGACUGUCAUGUCUCAGGAGGGGAGAUAG